AUGAUUAUUGUUUUUGUAUAUAUCUAUGGUACCCAUGAGUUAGAAAUCGAUAUGGUAUCACUAAUUGGAGAAUGUGAUGGCUUUUGGUCAUGGUUUAAUGUGGCGAAAACGAUACCGGCAUAUAAUUACUGCUUUUUCGUGAUUCUGAUAUUGCAAGUUAUUGAUGUCCACUCAAAAACCACAUGGUUGCAGUUCUCAUGGUGGUAUGAGGGGGCUUCACCAGAACAAUCGGCAUAUGGCCAUGGUCAUUUACUAGCCACUAUGGUCAUCUUCCUACCGUCACUGAUACCAUUAGCGUACUUUCUGCGUAAGGCAGUAAAGUUGAAAAAAUACGAGAAGUUUUCGAAGCUCUUCAAGGUUGCUCCAGAACACCCAGCCUUCCUUCGUAUCAACGCUAAGACUAUCCUUGAACCUGGAGAAGAUGUGCCGACAUACCAGGUGGAUGGGCAGAGGAAGCUAUUCUGCUGA